GUUUACUUCUAAAUCUAAUAUUACUUCUCUAUUUAUUUCUAUUUAUCCUAAAAAAUUCCAUCAUAAAUAAAGUUUAAAUCAACAAUAUUCAUUGAUCACAUGGCAGAAACAUAGAAAUCGCCUUUUUCUUUUAAAAGUAUAAAUAGAAUUUAUGGAGUUUAAACAAACUAGCUACUAUUAGAAUCUAGGGAUGAGCUUAUUGAAUCUGCACGUUAAAAUGCUAGAAAAAAUUCUGAUGUAAUAAAAUCAUAGAUUAUUAGUUAUUUGAAAGAUGUUCAGCCUUAAUAUCCUCCACUCAACAAAAACAGAGAGGAAGUAUAAGAAAUAAUUAAUGAUAUUCAUAGUAAAGGGUUCAUCAGUUGGAUGCUUACAAAAAAGUAGAUGAGAAACCUCAAUAAAUAGAAGAGACUUGGAAAUAAAGAAUACACCUCAGAUUUAAUUAAAAGAGUGGAGUCAACAAAUGAUGCAUAGUUGCUUAAAAAAUAAUCAACUAUUUUUAGCGAUGAAAUAGCUCAAAAUCUAAGUCCGAAAUCGCAUUCAUCCAAUUUUAAAAUAUCACAACUAGCUCUUCAAAGAUAAGAAUCCGCUUCUUUAUUUAAAAAAACUUCAAAGAAUGUUUCUAUUAUUUCUACUGAAGAAAAACCUCUACCUAAUAAAUAAUCAAUACUCCUCAAUAACUACAAAAGUUAAGACAGUUUAUUAAGAGAAAAUUAUUUGAAUUUUAGUGAGGCUUAAACAGAUAAUAAUAUGUAACAAUCUUAAUUUAGUAAUGCUAAGGGUUAAACUCCAAUCAAAAAUAAAUAAUAAGUCAAGCCCCUUCUUCUGAAUCUUCCUAACCAUGCUAGAACUGGAUCUCUACCAGCUAAUUUAAAUUAGAUUAAAUAAAAUUAUAAUCUUAUCUCUGAAAGGCUACAAAUAGAAAAGAGCAAAUUUCAAAAGCCAAUAUAAAAAAUUCUGAUUAAAAACAUUAAUUUGACUGAUAGAGAAUAAUACAAAUCAUCUUAAGAUGAUAAUAUAAAAUAAGUAUUCUCUAAUGAUAGCACUUGCUAUAAUUCUAGGACUAUUAAUUAGGUAUUUCCUAAUAAUAAUACAGUAAAUAAUAUUUAAUAAGGUUUUCUUUCUGAAAGGGCACUAAAUAAUUAAACUACCAAAUUUACAAACAAGAUUGACAUUUCAAAAAUAUUAAGUACUGAAGAAAAAGCCUUUGAAAGUUACAUAAAACAAAAUAAUGGAAUUUAAAAUGCUAAAGAUUUUAAUUUUAACAAAUACUAAAAUGUUAAAUAAAAAAAAAUUUGGCAAGUAAGAAAAUCUUUUCAGCUUUAAUCUAAAAUAUCAAAUGAAUUAGAUCAGAUGUAAAAAUAGUAAGAAAAUUAAAAAAUAAAAGUUUAAAAGCAGCUAAAAAAUGCUAAUGAGCUUUACAAUCUAGAAGAGUAUCCUGUUAUAACUUAAUAGAUGCAAUAAAAGAAUAGAGAAAUCAUGCAUUCGCCAUUCUUUGAAGUUAAUGUUUAAGAGCCAUACAGAAAGACUUUUCUUUUAUACGACUAUUUAGAAGAUGAAAGUAAAUUCAAACAAAGGGAGUUCUAUUAAGAUACUUAAAUUCCUAAAAUUUAAAAAAGCGAAGCAUUUAAAAAGUUCAAUCAUUUUAUCUAAAAAUAUAAAAUAAUGUCUCAAAUUUGA